CACUAAACACCUGUGCCAUUUCCUAUCUCCGAUCAUUGCUGCGAAUCCUCGCGUACAUUUAGACGUAGUUCCGUCAAGGCGCUAGCUCGCCUCUUUCGCGAUAUCGUCUAUGAUGAUCUUUCCUGCGACACUGCACGCAAAUACUCAACCUAUUUGACUGCUGAUUCCCCCGGCCACCAAUUCCCUACUCAUGGAAAAUCUGCCACCUGGUUGAAAUGAAGAAACCAGCUGGACCACUGGACGUGCAUUGCCGAACUGCGAGGUUCGAUGAGAACACAAAUGUCAGUCAUGCAGCGAGCCAUGACGAUACUCGUGCCGAAAGCAACACGAAAUCGGCGGAUGCUACUGCCAGCAAUGAAGUCAGCGAUAGCGAGGAAUUGACUUACCCGGAAGGCGGCGUGGAGGGAUGGGGCGUGGUGCUCGGUUCAUUCUGCGCGAUGGUGUCAGUUUUCGGUCUGCCAAACACAGCCGCAGUCUUUUAGUCUUACUUCUCCAAGCAUCAACUUCGAGAGUACACGCCUUCUCAGAUUGGCUGGAUCUUCUCCACUUACCUGUUUGUUACCUACCUGUUUGGCAUUUUAGCAGGGCCCAUAUUCGACAAACAUGGACAUCGUAUUCUAGUUGCUUUUGGAAGCAUCAUCACGAUCAGCAGUCUCGUUAUCUUGAGCUUCUGCGACACUUACUAUCAACUAAUGCUGACCUUCUCGGUCCUGGCUGGUCUCGGUGCGUCUUUGCUGAAUACCCCAGCGUUUGCUAUCAUCGGGCACUGGUUCAACAGUAGACGGGGUCUAGCCAUGGGAAUUGCAGCAACGGGCGGCUCGAUCGGGGGCAUCGUCUUCCCCCUUAUUUUACAGGUAGCUUUGCCAAAGCUUGGGUUCGCUUGGAGCACGCGCCUCCUGGCUUUGUCGUACCUGGUACUUGCGAUCCCUACCAACUUAUUUCUACGAACGCGACAGCCUCCCAGCAAAGCUUUC